AUGUUCAUCCUUAACUGGUUCUGGGAUGUACUUUCCUCGUUAGGUCUCAUGAAUAAGAGUGCCAAACUCUUGUUCCUCGGUCUCGAUAAUGCAGGAAAGACUACACUCCUUCACAUGUUGAAGAAUGACCGACUAGCCACCCUUCAACCAACUCUUCACCCUACUUCCGAAGAAUUGGCUAUAGGAAACGUCAAGUUCACAACGUACGAUUUGGGUGGACACAUGCAAGCCCGACGAUUAUGGAGGGAUUAUUUCCCUGAAGUAGAUGGAAUUGUAUUUUUGGUGGAUAGUGCGGACUCUGAGAGGUUCGCUGAGAGUAAAGCUGAAUUGGAUUCGUUGUUAUCAAUCGAAUCACUCGCCCAAGUCCCUUUCCUCAUCCUCGGUAACAAGAUUGAUGCCUACGGAGCUGUAUCAGAAGAGGAAUUGAGAAUGCAACUUGGUCUUUACCAAACUACCGGUAAAGGAAAAGUCCCUCUUAGAGAUAUCAGACCAAUCGAGGUGUUCAUGUGUUCCGUAGUCAUGCGACAAGGUUAUGCCGUGUGCUGA